AUGCCAUUGGGGUGUGCCUCAACUUGGGGGACUUGGCCUACCUGUCCAAGCAGACAUGCAAGAUGUUUCACAGAGUGGGCAAGCAGGCCAGGCUGGACUACUUUGGGCAGUUCAGCAUCAUGGCCAGCAAUGAGGUGA